AUGACCUCUGCAACUGCCACAACUGUUUUCGUUUCCGGUGCUAAUGGUUUCAUUGCCCAACACAUUGUCAAACAACUACUUGAAAAGGGAUACACCGUUAUCGGUACCGUUAGAUCAGCUGCUAAAGGUGAAUCUUUGAAGCAAUUAACCAACGCAGAUAAAUUCUCAUAUGAAAUUGUCCCAGAUCUCGUCGCUGAAGGUGGAUUUGAUAAAGUCUUACAAAACCACCCAGAAGCCACCAUCUUCAUCCACACUGCCUCCCCGGUCACUUUUGCAGCAACCGAUAUUGAGAAGGAAUUGUUACAGCCAGCAAUCCAGGGAACUAAAAACGUCUUAACAGCAAUUGAAAAUCAUGGUCCCAAUAUCAAAAGAGUGGUCAUAACUUCAUCCCUCGUAGCUAUGUUAUCAUGGACUCCAACCUAUUCUGAUCAUGAAAAGUAUCAUAUUGAAACCGAUUGGAAUCCUAUUACAUAUGAAGAAAGUUUGACAAAUCCAUUGUUUGGAUAUCUUGGUUCAAAGAAAUUUGCCGAAUUAGCAGCAUGGGAAUAUAUGAAAGAACAUCAACCCAAAUUUGAUAUCUCAUUUGUGAAUCCGACAUAUGUCCUUGGUCCUCAGGCUUAUGAAAUUAAGGAUAAAUCCCAAUUAAACUUCUCGGCUGAGAUUAUUAAUGGUAUUGUCAAAUUGGGUGCCCAGGAUAAGAUUCCUGAAUUGGCAGGGACCUUUAUUGAUGUAAGAGAUGUUGCAAGAGCUCAUUUAUUCGCAUUUGAGAGAGCUGAGGCUAUUGGUAAGAGAUUGGUAUUGGAUGAAGGGAAAUUUUCUAAUGAAGCGAUUGCUAAGUUGAUAAAUGAAAAUUUCCCAGAAUCGAAGGUACCAAAGGGAGAUUUGAAUAAAGAACCAGAACUAUAUAAGAAGUUUGUGUUUAAUGUUGAUAAUCAUAAGACUAGAGAAUUGCUUGGGUAUGAAUUUAUUGGAUUAGAACAAUCAGUAGUUGAUUCUGUUCAACAGAUCUAUAAUGCUUAA